AUGUGGAGUUGUCUCUGCAUUGCAGCAGGAUUGCUGCUUUUUUCAAGCCUAAGCAUGGUCAAUAUGGCGCCUGAAACGGAUUUUUGUCUUUUAAAAAAUUGUCCAGCUGAUAAAAAACUUCCACAUAUUGGAUGUAAUAAUAAGGGGAACUGGUCCUCACAUUGCGGAACCGACCCUAAGAUAAUUUCCAUUCCCAAGUUCAUAAAGUUCUUCAUCGUGAACUAUCACAAUACAUAUCGCGAUCUUGUGGCGGGGAGCCAGUUCCACAGGCUACCCAAUGCUGGACGCAUGCUUAAAAUGACUUGGGAUCCCAAUCUGGCUUAUUUGGCUGAACUCCUGGUGAAACAAUGUGAUCUCAAACCCUCCGAACACUGCUGGUCCACGGAAAAGUAUUCUUCUCCAGGAUACCAUGCGGUGUACAACAAGUUUAAUGGAAACGAGGAUACCUUCAGGGUAGUAAGAUCCCAAUUGAAUUCCUGGUACGAUCAAUAUAAACACGUCACAGCACCCAGCCUAAUAGAUGGAUUAUCCGGUAAUGGCAAAGAGAUUGGACACUUUCUGAGAAUGAUGGUGGGCCCCAGCAACCGAUUGGGUUGCGCCAUGGCCAAGGUCGAGAAAGACGGGAUGACUCAGAAAUGGCUAUCGUGCCUCUACAGCUGUUCGCCCCAGAAAAACACCUUGCUGUACGAGUAUUCCUCCAAGCCCGGAAUGUUGUGCAGCACCGGUGUUGAUAGCAGGUUCCAACAUCUUUGCAACAGCAAGGAGCCUGUCGAAAAUUGCAAGCACUCCGAGUUAUUCAAGCCAGUCCUGUCCAAUGACACUGCAUCGUUGAUCAGAGGUAUGAUGAACAACAAACGAGCCAGGACAUUUUGUAGUGGGCAUUGUCCAGUGGUUUUGGCAAAGGUGGAGGCGGAGGUGGUCCUCCAGGUGGUGGUGGAGGAGGUGGAGGUGGUGGUGGUGGUGGUGGUGGUGGAAAAGGUGGUCCUCCAGGUGGACGUGGUGGAGGAGGUGGAGGAGGUGGUGGUGGUGAUUAUGAAGGUGAAGAGUGAAGUCUACGUGAGAUAA